CUUCGUCUCUAUGCCCGCCCCUAUUGCUCAGCAGUGCGCAGGCGCGCGGCGGCCGCCAUCUUUUCCGCUUUCGGAAAGCGGCGGCAGCGGCGCAUACUACAGCCUAGAAGCACCAUGUCUCGAAGAUAUGAUUCGCGAACGACAAUAUUUUCCCCAGAAGGUCGCCUGUAUCAGGUUGAAUAUGCUAUGGAAGCCAUUGGACACGCAGGCACCUGCCUGGGGAUUUUAGCAAAUGAUGGAGUCUUGCUGGCAGCAGAAAGGCGCAACAUCCACAAACUUCUGGAUGAAGUAUUUUUUUCAGAGAAAAUAUACAAACUCAAUGAGGAUAUGGCUUGCAGUGUGGCUGGCAUAACUUCAGAUGCCAAUGUGCUAACGAAUGAACUGAGGCUGAUUGCACAAAGGUAUCUGUUGCAGUAUCAAGAACCAAUUCCUUGUGAGCAGUUGGUAACAGCCCUGUGUGAUAUCAAGCAAGCUUAUACACAAUUUGGAGGAAAGCGUCCUUUUGGAGUUUCACUGCUGUACAUUGGCUGGGAUAAGCAUUAUGGAUUCCAGCUCUAUCAGAGCGAUCCUAGUGGGAACUACGGGGGAUGGAAAGCCACCUGCAUUGGAAACAACAGUGCUGCAGCUGUGUCAAUGUUAAAGCAAGACUACAAAGAGGGAGAAAUGACCUUGAAAUCCGCCCUUGCCUUGGCUGUCAAAGUCCUAAACAAAACCAUGGAUGUCAGUAAACUCUCUGCAGAGAAAGUUGAGAUUGCAACCCUGACGAGAGAGAAUGGAAAGACAGUAAUAAGAGUUUUAAAGCAAAAAGAAGUGGAAGUGUUGAUAAAGAAGCAUGAAGAGGAAGAAGCCAAGGCAGAGCGUGAAAAGAAAGACAAAGAGCAGAAAGAAAAAGAUAAAUAAUUUAAGCACUUUGAAGUGGGGAAAAUGGGUGUUUUUCAAUAAACAAAUACAGAUCUAAUUGGUGAAGUGAAGAAGCUAGUAAUGCUGUUUAUUGAAUCGGGUCCUUUUGUACCAGUAAAACGUGUUGCCCACUU